UGGGCAGCACCUGGAGAGCACUGGCAGCUGCUUCACUGCCAGUUACAGUGCCUGGCACUGGUGCUUUCCCCUCUGGAUGGCCGCAGCAUCUCAAGCCAAAGAGGAAGGGCAGCAAGGGGGCCAGGGCAACCACCCUACAGCUGCCGUGGUGACGGAGAAGCAGCAGAUGCUGGAACAGCACCUGCAGGAUGUUCGGAAGAGAGUACAGGAUCUAGAACAGAAAAUGAAGGUGGUAGAGAAUCUCCAGGAUGACUUUGAUUUCAACUAUAAGACCCUCAAGAGUCAAGGAGACAUGCAAGAUCUGAAUGGAAACAACCAGUCAGUGACUAGGCAGAAGAUGCAGCAGCUUGAACAGAUGCUUACGGCACUGGACCAGAUGCGAAGAAGCAUUGUGAGUGAGUUGGCGGGGCUUUUGUCAGCGAUGGAGUAUGUGCAGAAAACUCUCACAGAUGAAGAGCUGGCAGACUGGAAGAGGAGGCAGCAGAUUGCUUGCAUUGGAGGCCCUCCCAACAUCUGCCUAGAUCGCCUAGAAAACUG